UCAUCGUCAACAAAAGGAAUAAAGGACCAUACAGCAAAGAAAAAGGGAAGAAGGAAAUAAGGCAAGCAAUGCUAUCUUCUGACAAUACCUCAUUCUGUUUGAGAGCGCAGCAGGAUGAAUUUAAUCUUCUCAAGAUUAUUGGCAUACUUUUACUUCGGAUUCCAAGUCAUUCUACAGUUCUACAUCGACCCUUGUCACCUCCAUCCCCAGCCGUGUCACAUUCUGGCGCAGAUAGGAAACACCGUGCGCCUUGGUGCCCUUCUGCCCACCCGCCAGACGGCCAGGGUGCAGGCUGCCCUGAACCGCGCCCUCGCCGGUCUCGCUCAAACUGGGGACAACUUUCUACCUUUCAACCUGAGCCUGGAAGUGGUUCCCCAAGAGCCAGCAAAAGGAGACCCAGAGUCCCUUUUCAGGUGUGUUUGUCAGGCUAUCGUUGUUCAGGGGGUCUCCGCUGUGCUCGCCUUCCCCCAGACCCAGGAAGAGAUCGUACAAGUGGAAUUUAUGGCUUCAUUUUUGGAAAUACCUUUUAUAAGCAUCAUUGAACACGGAGAGCCUCUGAAAACACAGAACCGCUUCCACCUACAGAUGGCUACUCGGAUCCCCCCGUCGGGCCUGUCGGAGCUGCUGCUGGCCGUCCUCCAGCGGAGCGGCUGGCAGGAGGGCAUGGCCGUGCUGUGCCAGGGUUGGGAGGAGGAUGGCCUGCUGGAACUACUGGACCUCCAGAGCCACCUGGGCUGUGGCGCCACCCGUUGGCAACUCCGCGCCCUCCUCAACCUCACCCGUGCUGGCCCAGCAGAAUCCCAAAUCCAGGACUUCCUUUCAGAACACUUCCGGGGGCAGGGCCCAAGUCAGAUCCCACCGCCGGCCGCGGUGCUGCUGUUUGGGGGCGACCCAGAGUGUGCGGCGGCGGUGCUGCGGAGCGCCCAGGACUUGGGGUUGACGCUGCCCACGGUGCACUGGGUGCUGGGCUACCCACUGAGCCCCGAUGCCCUGCACUCCAUCGGCCUGCCCCUGGGUCUGCUGGCCUACGGUGAAGUGGAGCGCAAGCCGCUGGACUUCUACAUCCGCGACGCACUCCAGCUGGUAGGCCGGGCAGUGUCGGCUGCCACAGUGGUGCGCCCAGACCUGGCGCUCAUCCAGAACAUGGUCAACUGCUACGACAAACCCAACAAGCACGAGGUGCCCUCCUCCGGACAGUACCUUGCCAGGUUCCUGUCCAACACGUCGUUCUCAGGGCUGACGGGGCCGGUGUCGGUGCAGAGGAACCUAUCCCGAGUUCUCACCUCUCAGCGAUUCCACAUCUGGAGCUUGCAGCGGGACGCGGUGGGCCAGCCCACCUGGGUGACAGUGGGCAGCUGGGAGGGGGGCCGCCUGGAGGGGGGGCGGGGUGGGGGCCGGUGGCGAGCCGGCAGUCCUGUGGCAGGCAGCCGGGUGCGGGUAGUCACCCUAGUGGAGCACCCCUUCGUAUUCACGCGGGAGGUGGAUGAGGACGGGAACUGUCCGGCAGGACAGUACUGCCUGGACGCGGGGACAAACAGCUCAGACAUGCUGGAGCGCUACUUCAGUGAGCGUGCCACGGGCAACUCUACCUUCCUGCCCACGGACUAUGGCAAGUGUUGUUACGGAUACUGCAUAGAUCUGCUGGAGAAAAUGUCAGAGGACAUGCGUUUCGAGUACGACCUGUACAUCGUGGGUGACGGGAAGUACGGUGCAUCGAAAAGCGGCCGCUGGACUGGGCUGGUGGGCGACCUGCUCAAUGGCGUGGCCGACAUGGCCGUCACCUCAUUCAGCAUUAACUCAGUACGCAGCCGUGUCAUCGACUUCACCUCGCCCUUCUUCUCCACCUCGCUGGGCAUCCUGGUGCGCAGCAAGGACACGGCGGCGCCCAUCGGCGCCUUCAUGUGGCCCCUGCACUGGUCUAUGUGGGUGGGCAUCUUCGUGGCGCUGCAUAUCACCGCCCUCUUCCUCACCCUCUAUGAGUGGAAGAGCCCGUUUGGCAUGACGCCACACGGACGCAACCGCCUGCGGGUCUUCUCCUACUCGUCGGCGCUCAACCUGUGCUACGCCAUCCUGUUCGGCCGCACGGUCUCCAGCAAGACGCCCAAGUGCUGGACGGGUCGGUUUCUGAUGAACCUGUGGGCCAUCUUCUGCCUGCUGGUGCUGUCCAGCUAUACAGCCAACCUGGCCGCCGUCAUGGUCGGCGAGAAGACCUUCGAGGAGCUCUCGGGGAUCCACGACGCCAAGCUCCAUCACCCAUCCCAUGGUUUCAGGUUUGGCACAGUGAGGGAAAGCAGCGCUGAGGAGUACAUGAAGAAGAGUUUCCCAGAGAUGCACGAGUACAUGAGGCGCUACAAUGAGCCCACCACACCCGAUGGGGUGUCCACCCUCAAGGUAGAUCCCCCUCAGCUUGAUGCCUUCAUCAUGGACAAGGCCCUGCUGGACUACGAGGUGUCCAUCGACGCAGACUACUGCAAGCUGCUACUGUGGAAAGCCUUCGCCAUCGAAGGCUAUGGAAUAGGCCUACCACAGAACUCCCCUCUAACCAACAACGUGUCAGAGUUCAUCAGUCGCUACAAGUCAGACGGCUACAUGGACAUGCUGCACGACAAGUGGUACAAGGUGGUGCCUUGUGGGAAGAGGGUGUUCGCCGUCACCGAGACUCUCCAGAUGGGCAUCCGUCACUUCUCAGGGCUGUUUGUGCUGCUGUGUGUGGGCGUGGCCACGUCACUGCUCACCCUGGCUGGGGAGCACGCCUUCUAUCACAUGGUGCUGCCACACAUCCGACGACGACAGAAGUACAAGUACUGGCUCCACACCAGCCAGAAAAUCCACAGAGCCCUGAACCAGACCUAUGACGAUGUGAAGAAGAAGCAGGGCGCCAACACAGAAAAAAGCUGCAACAGCCAGAAGAACCAGCARCCCCAGCCUCCCCCUUCCCCCGGRGCCUCGGCCAAGUGGAACGAGAGCAGCAGGGACUCCGCUGCUGCAGCUGCUAAGGACAAGCGAGUCCACUUUAACCUGGAGACCCUCAACAGCCGCCGCCUUCUAGCCCGGGCCGUGGCCGAGUCUGAAGGGGGGAGAGGGGGGUCGGCUGGAUGUGGCACUAACCCUAGGACCAACCCGGCCACACGGGUCUGUGCGAAUGGGGGCUUCGGGACUUCCUUUGCCAGCCUGGUGCUAWCCCUCCCCUCCUCUUCUUCAUCCAUCCCUUCUUCCUCCUCAGGCGUUCCUCUGAGGCCGGGAGAGCUGCAGGAGCUGCAGGAGAGGAUCGACCUGAUCCGGGAUCAGCUGAGGACGGCUCUGGCCAGGAGGGCUGAGCUGCAGACUUCCCUGGCCAAGGAAAAGGCUGCCUGCUCCGCCCCCAUAGUGACGGGAARGACCUCCGUGGUUGUAGCUACUGCAGCCCUCCCCUCCACCCGCUGUGCCACCACCAUGACAGACCCUGUCCUCAAGUCCCUGCCCACAGUCCGCACCACUCCUGCCAUACACACCAAUGAGAAGAGCUGAUGCCCCCUGGUGUUUGGAAAAACCAAUGGUGUAUUAGGGGAGGGGUUUAUUGAAAGAAGUUGGAUUACAUUGGAUUGGAUUUAUCCAAUUGCUGUGAGCCCGAUGCCAUAGCAUGGCAGCUCUUUCCCUGGACACCCUUGUGCUAUUGGGUGAGAUGAAAGAGCUUCCAGGGCACUGGGAAUCUCUUGUGAUCUACAUGUGCCCAAUUGGUCCUCACAUGAUUGGUAAAAUGUGUUUGGGCUACCUCAGGCCUACUUGGAUCUACCAUGCCAAUGGAGUGGGGCUGGAGGUACCAGCAUGCCCCGCUGGCACUGCACCCAUUCUGGGAACUUAACCACUGGCUUUCCAGUGCUCUCUCCUCUGCCACAGGAGCCAAAAUGGCUGCCACCCACAACCUUCUGUUUCCAGUCUCUGUUGAUUUCAGUGGUGGGGCUCACAAGGGUGGGGCGAUAACUGAAUUUUAUCAACAAUGCAAUGGCGACCUGAAACAACAAUCAGUAAUACGUGGAGUUCAGACUGUAUUCAAAUCAGGAGUGGUGCUUUUAUGGUGUUUCUGUUGAUUUCUUCCUUUGAGUUCCGAGUCGAUAUCGUUUACUGGCCUUGAUUAACAUGUUUUUCAAGAAUAAAGUCUGAUGGAAGUGUUGGUUGUGAUGGUUGAAAUGUGAA